AUGCUAAACAACUCUGUGCGCUCGACCAAAGGGACGGCCAUCCUUGUCGGGUCCGUCUUCUUCGUCGCCGCCUUUGUCGGCCUAGUCUCUAACCACCUCGACGGCUGGAAUCUUCAUGUCAGAGCAACCACCGGCGACACGAGGACUGCGGCCGUGGAGACGACUCCGGCAUACCCCAAGACACCAGAUGCGGCGGCUUUCGGCGCUGAUGCGCUCCGGAAUUUCUUCCUCAAAAACAUGUACAGACCCGCCAUCAAGCCCAAUCAGCCGUCCUUCAGGCCGUACCAUGCCUUUGAGUGGAAACUGCCCGAGGCGCCGCACUGGCAGCAGCCCAUGGGCAGGAACCUCUGCAUCAUUGACCUCGACAACCGCCCAUUCAACGAGUCUGGACAAGUGUUUGGCCCCGAGGUCAUGGACUGGGACAGUCCCAGGGGCGUGCACGGUCUGUCGCUCGGCAUCCUGAAUCAUUACGUCUACGCUCGCAUUCACGGAUACAAGUACUACUACAUCAACACGGUCGACCCUGGCGAUCGCCGGGCGUCCUGGAAGAAGCCGGCCGUCAUUUCGAAAAUCCUCAAGGAGCACGACGCGUGCAUCUACCUCGACUCCGACGCAAUCUUUCACUACUUGGACCUCCCGUUCGAGUGGCUCAUGAAUUACUGGAAGCUUUAUCCCGACACCAACUCCAUGGCCCUUGCCGUCGAUCCUGAUACCGACUGGAACAAGGACCGCUUCGGCAAGCUGUACCUCAACACCGGCUUCAUCGUUUCGCAGAACAAUCCCACGACGUACAAGAUCAUGGACGCGUGGAAUAGGUGCCCCGACGAUGACGGCCCGUAUCCCGGAUGCCAGGAGUUCCGCCUGAAUCAUCCUGGCCGCCCGACGGACCAGGGCGGUUUCGGUACAUUCGUCCGCUACAACUACACGGAACAUAUUCGGGAGCUGCCCUGCAACGAGGCCAAUGGCUUUCCCCAGACUGGCUCUGGGUGUAGCGGUGUUUUUAUCCGCCAUCUGUGGACCGGAAAAGAUGAUCAAAUCAAGAUCGACAUUGGCAUGCAAAUGCCUGGUCCUUACCUAAGGCUCUUCCACGAGCAGUAUCUGGAGGAGAAGCCUUCUUUCUACAUUGGACAGGAAGACUUGCUCCGCCUUGGCCCGUCCAAAGCACUCGAGGGUAAAUCUGUCUGA